CCAAGCAAAUAAAGGCACCGCGUUCAUCCACGAAGCUCCUUUCAUUUCUUUGGCUCGGACUCUUGAUCUCGGACUCAUUCUCAGCUUUGUCACUUUAUCAGCCCUAAGACAUACUAGCUCAUGUAUUCAAUCCCGUCUCAAUCACCACCCAAGGCUUCAGGCCGAAAGGGUAGUAAGAAAGUACGCACUGGCUGCAUCACCUGCAAAAUACGCAAAGUAAAAUGCGAUGAAGCCAAGCCUUACUGUCUACGAUGUAUCAAAACAGGUCGUCAAUGCGACGGCUACCGUCCCUCCCCAAACUCCUCCCCAGAACCUACGUCACUCUCUCCUACACCAGGCUUCGACUCACCCCAAGAAGUACGCGCCUUUGAUCAUUAUCGCCUGCGCACUGCGAAAGUCCUCUCUGGUCCUAUCGAUGCUAGUUUCUGGGGCGGCGUGGUUCUCAAGAUGAGUUCCACCGAACCAGCUGUUCGACAUGCUAUUCUUGCUAUUAGCAGUUUACACGAGGCUGUUGAGGUUCAGAGUAAGAGUCUGAGGGAGAUUGAUACACGGUUUGCGUUUAGGGAGUAUGGAAAUGCGAUUACUUCGCUGAGGAAUUGGGGACAGAGGAGUGAACCUUCUGUUGUGCCGCUGCUUGUUUGUGUCUUGUUUAUUUGUGUUGAGUUCUUGAUUGAUCGCGAUACAGCUGCACAGAUGCAUAUUUGUCAAGGACGGCAUAUUCUCUCUACUCUUGGUGAUGGGCGCUCACCGGCUAUGGAGAUGAUUAAGCAUUCCCUUGUGCCUAUCUAUGCUCGUCUCAGUCUCUCGAGCUUUCUCUUCGGCAGCCGACCGGCGCCUAUACCCGCACACCUACGGAGCUGGAGCGACAUGCCCGCUGUUUUCGCUAGCAUUGAAGAAGCUCGAUAUGCUCUUUAUCUGCUGUUGGAUGACAGCUUGCAGUUUAGCACAAGCGCUCGAGUUCCGAUCUACAAUCCGAAUGCAGAACCAGAAGAGAUUCGCAAGCUUCAGAAUGAGCAGCAACGCCUUCUUUCACAAUUGAGUCGAUGGCACGCUGCAUUCACCGUCACGACAUCAAUGAGUCCUCAAUCCCCUUCUCUGGAGAACUCACUAAACGUUCUCCGCAUUUACCACCAGUCGACUCUCAUCUGGGUUUCCACCACCUUGGACACAGGCGACACAAAGCUCGAUGAGUUCAUACCCAACUUUGCAAACAUCAUCACUCUCGCAUCAACCAUUAUCGGCUCCGUCCCCUCCAACGCUAAACUCGAGCCUUUUAGCUUCGAAACGGAGAUUAUACCACCUGUGUACUGGACAGCUAUAAAAUGUCGUCAUCCUCUCCUGCGACGCGCAGCGCUUAAACUUCUUACCCGGAACCAAAUGCGCAAUCGCAGAGAGAAUCUGUGGCACGCUCGCGAAACAGCCGUCAUUGCCGCGCGAAUCAUCGAGAUUGAGGAAUCAGAAGUCGAUUACCCUCUCGAUCUUGACUUUACAAUGGAUCCCUUCAUAGCUCCAAGUCCAAGUGGUUUGAGCGAAGUAUCUGCUGAAGCAAACGCUGCUUUCGACCUCUUUACUUGUGAUCCCAAAAAGAUCAAAGUCGACAUCUCAAAUCCUCCCAGUUUACCACCACCGCCUCCAUCGUUCAGCGAUCCAACACCUGAAGAGAUUCUCUCUGGUUCGCCGUGCAGUUUGGCGUCGAGUCGCUCAUCUCCUACUCCUACGCCUGAACCUGCGUCGCCCAUCUCAGCAGCGCUUGAAGGUAUUCAGCAUCUCGAUUCUGCGGCGCUUAAAUCUGUCAGUCUUGAGUCGCCGUAUGGAGUGCCGGAGAGUAGAAGGAUUAAGAAUGCGCUUAUUGGACCGGCGGAUGAGGGUGGCAUUUGGGUUACGUUCUUUCGGGAUCCUGAGCCGGGGGAGACGUCGUGGAAGGUGACGAGGGAGUUUUUGAGAUGUUGAAGUAUUUGAUGGUUGUUAUGACUAUAGUGGAGUUUGUUAGAUAUGCUGUUAUGCAUCAUAUACCCAUGUUUUGUUUGUUGAUAGACUUUGUUGCUUUAAUGUCCGAUGAUUAUUCUCCUUUGCGUUUCAUGACUGGUUUGGUCGUGAAACAGAACACCGUCGUUGCUGCGACCGUUUGCUAUAUCUCAUUCUUCAUAAUGAAUCACCAGCAUAUAGAUCUUACGAUUGCACUACUGUUCAAUUCAGUAGAAACUUCUUUCUUGGUAAUGAUGUUUUCUCUGGCUUCUCAAGCUCUGUAUUGGAUUGCAGUUAGUUACCCUAAGUACAUAUACCCCAGGGAGCAAGAAAACAUCAGACUAGAAGAGGAUGUCAAAAUAAACUCAUCAAAGAGGCCCCUAAACUUAGGCUAAUUUAUCUAAAUCUUUUUAUUAUUUAGGAUUAAGGUCCUAAGUUUUA